AUGGGCUCCGUGCUACCCGCCGACGCUCUGGCUCUCAAGUCUGGAUUUAAGUGUCCGAGCCGCUCGCUGUCAGACGUGAUCACCUCGGACAUCCUGCACAGCUUCUUGUACGGCAGGUGGAGGAACGUGCUGGGAGAACACCUGGCGGAGGAGCGGCAGAGCGGCAGCCCCAAGACCGCCUUCACCGCCGAGGUGCUGGCUCAGUCUUUCGCUGGAGAGGUGCAGAAGCUGUCCAGCCUGGUGCUGCCCAGUGAAGUGAUCAUCGCCCAAAGCUCGAUCCCUGGAGAGGGUCUGGGCAUCUUCUCAAAGACUUGGAUCAAAGCAGGAACCGAGAUGGGCCCUUUCACGGGGAGAGUCCUGUCCCCUGAGCACGUGGACCUGCUGAAGAAUAACAACCUGAUGUGGGAGGUGUUCAACGAGGACGGCACGGUGCGCUACUUCAUCGAUGCCAGCCAGGAGGACCAGCGCAGCUGGAUGACUUACAUAAAGUGCGCCCGGAAUGAACAGGAGCAAAACCUGGAGGUGGUGCAGAUCGGCAGCAGCAUCUUCUACAAGGCAGUGGAGACCAUCCCACCAGACCAGGAGCUUCUAGUCUGGUAUGGAAACACUCACAACACAUUCCUGGGAAUUCCUGGAGUUCCAGGCACAGAUGAAGAGCAGCAGAAGAAAAGCAGGAAUGACGACUCCCACCCCUGCGACGGCCCUUCCUCCUGCUCUCCCUCCGCCUCCAUCACCGCCGGCCGGAUGCGCUGCGUCAUCUGCCACCGCGGCUUCAACUCCCGCAGCAACCUGCGCUCCCACAUGCGCAUCCACACUCUGGACAAGCCCUUCGUCUGCCGCUUCUGCAACCGCCGCUUCAGCCAGUCGUCCACGCUCCGGAACCACGUCCGACUGCACACCGGCGAGCGGCCCUACAAGUGCCACGUCUGCCAGAGCGCCUACUCGCAGCUGGCGGGCCUCAGGGCGCACCAGAAGAGCGCACGGCACAAACCGGUGACGCACCCCGCCGACGUGCCGUCCCAAGCGUCCCCGCCUCCCCCACAGAUGACGGCCAUGCCCCACCAGCACCAGAUGCCCCUGGUGCACCACAUUCCCACCAUGGUGCUAUGA